GCGUGCUAACUGUGGUGGAUUCGUGCUACGAGCUGAGAAUCCACAUCACCCGUUUAGGCUCUGCUUGCAUGUACACAUUUAACGAGGAAGAGUUCUAGACUCGUCCUCCCUUCACCGAAGAAGACCCCUUCGACGAGAUUUCAUGGUAUACACGUACCCGUCUGCUCAGCGAACGUUCGAUCCAUCACUGUCCCAAUCUCCUUUUGCUAUGAAUUCGUGUGCGCAUUGGAGCAGACAUUGAUAGAGCGACCACAUCGCCAAGCUGCUAGGCAUUAGCAAGAUCACCGAAUCUACCAGUGCUUGAUUUGUAGUAGGAGCUAUUCGACAAUAAAGCGAUGAAAAAGACGCUGAAAGUUCCACAAAGGCGUUGCGUCGUGGACGGCACCAAGCUGAAAAACAAGCUGGUAGCGUAUGACUAUGGGGUCAAGGAUCUGCGCGAGGCGUUGGAGAAAGUCAUUCAAAUUCUCACGGCGACGUACGUCGAGGAGUUCGCCGGCGCAUUGGCUACUUUCACCGUGCAGGCUGCGUGCCUGUCUGGGCGCAGCUGCGUCGUGUUCCAGAUGCGCAGGGUCAAGCCCAUCGUAGGUUUGGACGAAUACUUUCGAUUCUUCUCCAUUUGUUCAGGUUGCGCAUGCACCAUAGAUUUCGUGCAUGAGAAGUAGAAAUGGACGCAUAAGCCGAUUUUAUACACAUCGCAAGGAAGGCCACCGUAAUGGAAGAAUCGUUCACUUGAAGGAGAAGCGCAGAAGCCAUGAAGCUCAUGACCACAGCAGCCAAAGCCACAUUAGCCGCCUGAGGAGCACCACUUCGGCUGGCGUUCGAAGAUAUCAAAUUCACUCCUGGAAGAAGUGCCCGAGUCCCGACAGUGAUGGUGUCACCUGAGCGGAAUGGUACGCUGCUGGCGCCAGGAUCACUCGUGUACUGACAGGU